AUGAUCUCGUGUGCUGAGCUGCAAAGCCGGCAGGGAGAGACCGGCAGAGGCCCGGCUGUGGCUCCGGCUUCCCUCCCGCUCUGGCUCCCCCAAGACUGUUCUGGAAUUCUCUCGGUGCCCUCUGUGGCCAUGCACUCGGCUGGGCCUCAUGGGGUUGAGUCCCCAAUGAGCAGGCAGGAGGAGAAGGAUGCAGAGCUGGACCGGAGGAUAGUAGCCCUUCGCAAGAAGAACCAGGCCUUACUGCGCAGGUACCAGGAGAUACAGGAAGACCGUCGGCAGGCGGAGCAGGGGGGCAUAGCGGUGACCACGCCGGAGCUCCUCCGUCCUGACGGCCUCACUGUCACCAUCAGCCAGGUUCCUGGAGGGAAGCGGGUGGUCAGCCGGAACUGGGCCAGGAGCACCCUUGGACCUGGAGCAGCCAAUGAAAUGCUUGAGGAUGAGGAGGCAGAGGCUUACAUUGGUACCUUCUGCUUGGGGGAGCGGGUGGAGCUGGCUGUAACCAUGGAAAACAAAGCUGAGGCCAAGCGGAUCGUAAGUGAGAAGCCCACCAGAGCAAGGAACCAGGGGGCAGAAGGGUCACCUGGAGGGGGCUUGGGCCCGAGCCCCUCUGUGCAGAUGGCCAUCAGCUCAGAUUCUACACGGAAGGGUGCUCGGGAGCCCCGGAGUCCAGGCCUGGUCUCAGGCCCAGCUCCCCAGCAGCCAGCAGGGGGGUCCCCUGAAGCAGGCUGGGACUAUGCCCAGUGGAAGCAGGAGAGGGAGCAGAUCGACCUGGCCCGCCUUGCACGGCACAGAGAUGCAGAGGGUGACUGGCGCCGCCCGUGGGACCUGGACAAGGCCAAGUCCACGCUACAGGACUCCAGCAAGCCCCGGGAAGAGGGCCUGGCCAGGGCAGGCAGCACAAGGGGUCCCAGGAGCCACCAAAAGUUACAGCCCCCACUGUUGACCCCAGAUGGCAAAGGCUGUACUACUCGGGGUGGGCCACACAACAGACCAUUGGUGGCACUGGCCACACGCAGCAAAGCUCGGGGGACAGAGAGGCUGACUGGCAGGGCCCGCAGGUGGGAAAUGAAGGAAGGCAAGGAGGAGCUGGAGAGCCAGGAGGGAACCUCAGACACCAGAAAGACUCCGAGCGAGAAGCAACACGCACAGAUUCAGAGCAGGAUAGAGCUGGGCAGACCCACCAGUGACCCAGCAACCAGCCCAGCCCCAGCAUCAGUAUCGCCAGAGGGGCCAAAAGGGGAGUUAGGAGGUUUGCCAGCCAGUCCAGCCAGUCCUGCGGCAUCUGGCCCUCCACAGAAUACUGACUUGGUUCCCCUGGACCUCUCUCUAGGAGGCGCCAACAGCCCUGGGCCCCGGGAGAGCAUGUGUGGGCUCAGUCCAAGGCCUGGGGCCCAGGAGAGCUCUGUGUCCUGGCCGGAUGGUUCUGAGCAGUCUCUAGGGUGGAACCAGCCCCAGGCUGAGCCAGAAGCCCAGACUUGCUCUGGGCCCCCCAAAGCAGCAGGGCCCCUGGAGCCCAGAGAAGGCAAGUCUGGCAAAGCCAGGGCCCAGCAGGGCCUGGUACCUCGAAGCAGGCCCCCUAGAGGAGGCAGCCAAAGGGCGAGGGGCACAGGAGGUGUGAGGAGCAGGACAGGGGGUCCUGGGCCUGCAGGGAGAUACUGAGCAAAAGCUCCUGGGAGUAUGGGGCCAGGCUGGGGAGAGGAGGGAAGGUAUUGUCAAGAGCCUUCAUGCAAUGGGUGUGUGGUGGCUGGUGGCUGCGACAGCCUGGCUCAGCAGUUUGGCAAACUCUCCAGUGGAGUGACACCAUGAGGGCAAGCUGCCCACCACACCCCCAGGCACCUCCCUGUGCACAUGUGUGUUCUCGCCUACAGGUAGUGCCCCUGUAUAUCCCCAUGUCACUCCUGGUCUCUGAGGCUGCCAAGCCCUGUCCUGCGCUUACUGCUGCCCCAGCCACAAGCUCCCCCACCAUGGUGAGAGGACAAGGCCUGGAAGCCCUCAGCAUCUGGCUCGCCUGGCUCCCCAGGGCCUGGCCUCCCUCUCCAGCUGCCCGCUCCUGGGUCCUCAAAUGUAGGCAGCCUCAGCAGCUGGCAUGGUCACCCCCUGGCCUGGGCCCUUCCCUAUGCCCCUGUCUUGUUCCCAGGUGACUCAGAGUCCCGUACUCACAGAACAGCCAACCCAGGAUCUCACAAUCAGCUGGCAGCCUCCUGUCUUUCUGGAAGAGGGAGGCCACAGCCGUUGGGGCUGGAGCUGGGGACAGAAGAGAAGAGUUCAGGUCUCCUCUGCACAGGGAAGGGCCUCCAGAAAGCCUCUGAAAUGGGGUGGAGAGGGGGAGGGACAGCUUGCUUUCCCCCAUAGCAGGGUCCUCCUCCCCCACACCCAGGUCAGACACCCUGAAUGGGGGCCGGGGCCCUGCCCGCUAAGGCCAUUUCCCACCAUCUCCAACUUUCUCUACCCACCCCCUCCCUACACUGCAUCAUGCCAGAGCAAGGUCUCAGGCAGGGACUGAGAGGCAGAGCAACAGCAACUCCAGUUAAGUACGACAUCAGGACUUGUCUUUCCCACUUAGUCUCCGUUCCUGCCCCUCCCCUGAGGCCCACGUCUGGUGAAUUAUCCAGACUCCGCACAAGCUGUGGCUUCCUCUUGAUUCAACAAACAUUUCCUGAGCACCCACUACCAGCAAGGCAGCUGGUGGGCGAUGGCAACUCUGCCAGCAGAGGGAGGGAGGAAACCCAGUCAUCCGGCAGAUCCAGGCUGCACAACAGGAGCUGUUCUUGGCUAUAGGUGCCCACAGGACCUGGGAUGGUGGUAGGAGCCCAAAGUGAACCAUCCCACCUCUGCUCAUGAAGGCACACACCCCUCUCUUUCUCAUCAUGUGCCCUUUGUCCCCAAGUUCCCCUGCUCCACGUGGGCCUGAGGCUCCCCUCCUCUCUGCUGAGAGCCCUGGGCCUCACCAGCCUCUCUGGGUUCUCUAGGGCGUGUCCAGACCAAACCCGGCAUUUCUCCGCUGGCGCUGUGAGGCCUACACUGUGGCUCCACCGUGUGAGGGCCAGGCUUCCUCACUGGCGCUUGCUCUACUCUCCAUUCCCUCCAUUCAGGAGACAUGAAAGUGUCUUCCUGGCAGAUCAGAUUGUUUAGAGAAGUGCUUCUCAUACAUGACAGUGCAGGGUAAUGCAGUCUAACUUGGGAGGUCUGGGGUGGGCCUGGGAAUGUGCAUUUCUAACAAGCUCCAGGUGAUGCCCAUGCUGCUUGCUCCCACAUCACACUUGGAGAGUAAGGGUUUGGACCAGUAUAUACAGAGGGCUAAGGCCAAAGACUGACCCUAGACUCAGGGCUGGUUGCUGGCCAUGUAGGGGACAGGGGGGUGGGCUGCCCCUGAUGGUGGGAGCUUCCUGGCCUCAGAGCUGAGUGGGAGGCUGAGGCACUGGGUAGAUGCUUAAGAGCGGGUAGGCUAACUUCUUAUAGUGGGGAGUGAUAAAGCUGGCUGGGAACGGCAUGAGUGGGACUAGAAGAGGUGGAGACUGAUCAGAAGAAUUCUGGAAAGGCUUGGGAACAUUCUGUGCUUAUGGAAAGAAGACCCCUGUGAGAUAUGAAAAGGCAAGGGUAAAAGACUCCAAACUCAAGUUUUCCUCUUGCCUCCUGGCCACAUGUAUGUGACUUUGGAGCAUGGCCCUGGCUCUGGAACCCACGACUCCCACACGAUGGAGCUGGUGUAGAGCAGGUUUGGGCAGAGCCCAAACUCAGAUGUCUCCCAAAAAAUUGUGAUCCAGAAUUUGAAUUCUAAGAUUCACAAACUUCCCCCAACCCCCAGGGCUGCCAAUUGUACAGAUGUGCCUUCAUUAAAGGAUAUAUGCACAUUUGACUAUGGGAUGGGGAGGUAGAGUUCGGGCAGAGCUCUGGUUCAGGACUCACCACAAGACCGGAACAGGAGAGAAAGCUGGGCAGAAGAGCUAUGGAGAUAUAGGGCUUCUCUCCCUUCUGGAUGCUGGGAGAAAGGGACAUCACAGGAGUGAGUCACUAGGGGUUGGAAAGAAUGGAGACUAGAACAGGACCUCUUCAUUACAGGGAGGCUGUAGUGCAAGACGGGCACCACUGAGCUUUUCUCAAAAAGGGAGAGCCCUCCUUCAGGAUAACUGAACCAGUAGCCAUGGUGGCCACCCCACCUGCUCUAGGAUGGGACCUGCUAAGGAGAGGGAGGGAAGUGCAGACUUCCCCCACGAAGCUCGGGGCCAUGGAAGGCUGGUCUGUUUCUUCGUGGCUCCUCUGGUUAAAGGCCAGACUGGGAGCCUUCCUUGGAUACCCUUUCUCUUCAAACAACAGACGAGACUACUUCUCAAAGAUGGGAGGUCCUCUGUGGGACAUGGCUUCAGAAACCCAGCCAGAGCUGGAGGAACUGCCAGCAGAGAGGGCAGAGGGUAGUAGGGAGCCAGCAGGGGGAUGAAAGCUUUACCUGAGGCCUCAAAACCAGGAGGGCAGAUGAAGCUCCCUGGUGGCUCAGCAAGUUAAGGAUCCUGCGGUUGUCACUUCGGUGGUGCAGGUUCGAUCCCUGGCCUGGCAAGUUUUGCAUGCCAUGGGUGCCGCCAAACAAACAAUCAAAACCCAAGGAGGCAGAAGAGGUAGAAGGCAUCUCUGUCCUGGUCCACAACACCUUAUAGAGAGGAACAGCAGACCAUACUGCAAGGGAGGUAUUUUUCGGAUGGUAGAGUCGAACAAACAUGGGCCUUAGAAUCCGAGAGACUGAAUCUGAAUUCUAGGUCUGCUAUCCACUAGCUGGGUGACUCUGGUCAGUUUUAACCUCUAAAAGCCACUGUUUUCUUGUCUGCAAAAUGGAACUAGUAAUAUCUAUGCUGAAGAGUUAAGAACAUUAAAAAGAGUACGCAAAACAUACCUGGCACACAGAAGGCACUCUUUUAACAGUAGCCUGGCACACAGAAGGCACUCCGUAAAUAUCUGUUGAAUAAAUGGAGUAGCUAUUUGUUGUGA